UGACUGGAAACAUGCUAGUUUGUGUGUCAAAGAAUAUUUUCAAUGAUUUGAAGAAAUUAAAGAAGUUUAGAUUAUCUACAGAUUUUAUUCCUUGCACUUGCAACAACAUGUGGUUGUAUACCUGGCUUUCCAAAAGUACAGUUUUUGAUGAGACAAGAAAGGACUGUUCCCUCGUCUGCCCACCUAAAGAAGUUCCAGCGCUAGAAUCAGAAAACGAGUGCAAUCUAGAGAUGUGUCCGGAUAAAUGUUCCUGCAAGGAUAGAAUUGUCAGAUGUGGAGGAUUAAAUAUAACUAAUAUUCCACAAUAUAUGUCUCCUCUUUCCAAACAGCUGUAUUUAGGUAAUUAAAUUAUUCCAAAAAUA